AUGGCUGUACGUGCCUUCGAAGGUAAAGAUCAUGCAGCCGCUUACCGGCAGUACAGAGUCACGCCGCAGGAACUGAUCAGCAAGAUUAUGAGCUCUGUGGAUAAAAGGGCAACCAAACGGUACAACCUGGCGGUGGAUGUGGGCUGCGGUUCGGGCCAAGGGACCAAGCUUCUGGCUCCAUACUUCACCGAGGUGGUUGGAACAGACGUCAGCCAGGCCCAGCUGGAUAUGGCGUCGACCAAUAGCAAGCCUCCAAAUGUUUCCUACAGGCAGUGUCCGGCAGAGGAGCUACCGUUUGCGUCCGGAGAGGUGGACCUCGUGGCGUCCAUGACGGCGGCCCACUGGUUCGACCGCCCGCGGUUCCUCCUGGAGGCUGAUCGGAUCCUGAGGCCCGGAGGCUGCCUGGCCCUCCUGAGCUACACCCUGGACAUGGAGCUGGAGUACGGGGACGUCUCCAAAGCUCUCACCGACAUCUGCAACGAGUUCUACGGUGCACUGCUGCCCUUCAGAGAUCCCUAUCUAGGAUCAUGCUCGAGGAAGAUCUAUGCUGGCAUGUUUGAGUCCAUCCCUUAUCCAGACAAAGAGUGGACUGACUUACUGCAGGUAAAGAGGACCUUGCCGUUGAACGGGUACAUCGGCAUGGUGGAGACCUUCUCCAGCUUCCAGAAAAUGAAGCGAGCGGACCCCGACGGAGCCGAACGCCUCUCGCACGACUUCCUGAACAAGCUGAUGUCCACCAUGAAAACAUCUUCCCCCGACACAGAUGUCACGAUGGUUGUCAAUUAUUACUACUUUGUGGCGUUUAAGCCGUCAUAGUUCUGAUGGUGUGAAUCCUUUUUUUUUGGUUUUUGUGUUCCUGUGUAGCUUUAAAAAGAAGUGAAUCAGCCCUUUAGACUUUUGUUUGUGAUGGUCGUCAGUUGUGAAAUUCCUAGAAGACGCACUUUCUUGGAAAGUCAAAAAGACAAAUGAACUGAUUUAAAAACAACAGAACCAAAGUGCUGCACAAUUAAAGCAGCAAAUCCAACACAAAGACACGAAUAAAAGAACGACAUCAGGGUGUUUAGCUCCACCUUAAUUGUUGAUAGGUUUUCUCACCUCAACAUUAGAUUCCUUUUGCUUGACAAUUUUUGAUUUGCUUGAAACUUUUUGCACAAAUUCUGGACGUUUCAAAUGGUAUCUGUCAUGUUUUAGAUUGUUAUAUCAAGUACUAUUUGGGAUUAAAUAAUAAAAACUACUAUUUGGAUCUGGCUAUCAACUAAUAUCUGAGUCCUACCUGCUCUAUCAGUCGUGAAAGUUGAAGUAACAGAACUUAAUUUCCAAUUUUGUGACCAAGAAGUUUAUAUUAAAAUGUAGUUCUUGUUUUGUUUUGUGAUAUUGUGACAACAUAAAAUGUCAUUAGCUGAUUUCUGGAUGGUUUAUUUGUUAAUGUGUCAUCAAAGAUGGGACUUUUCACGACUGUUUGUUACUGCUUGUCCAAUAUUGCAGAUUCUGAAU